CAUGCAACCCCUUCAUAUAAUAGCAAACGCGCCAACUCAACAAAAACUACCAGACCAUGCAGGCUCUUGGGCUGGAGGAGCGCAAGAAGGCGCUGGAGAAGAAGUUCGUGGAGAAGCGUCCACCACUGGCCUACGCCAAGCUCAGCGGCCGCGUGGAGGGCGAUACACCGUUCGAGAAGCUCAUCACGCACCUGCCGGCGGAGCUUGGGCGUGGUCCCAUUUCGUCACUGCCCGACCACCGCAUCGCUCUGGGGGAGCAGAAGGCCAUUUCGAGGCUGCACGCACGCAUCCAGUGGAGUCAGACCGACAGUUGCUUCGAGCUGCAAUGUCUGGGAAAGAAUGGAAUGUUCGCGGACGGCAAGUUCGUGUCCAAGAACCAGACCAUCAAGCUCACGUCCAAGAUGCCACUCAAAAUCGGCCAUGCUAGAGUGUACUUCCUCUGUGCUAUCCGCUCCACCAUUAGCACUAUGAGUGGAUUUAAAAUUAUCCAAAAGGCAUUUGAGAAGGCCAAGUACCACAAGGGUGUGACGUCUAUGACGGCAGAUCAAGUGUGUGACCAGAUUCUGGAGAGCUUUCCCAAGAGCGAGCACGAACUCGGUGGGAAGGAACAUCUGCGGACAUUUAUCACGUGAGUUUUUGCGAUAAAUUAUUCUAGUUAUUGGAAAUAUUCUGAAGUUUAUUGGGAUUUUGUUGGUACGGGCAGAGCGUACUUGCAAGAAGACACUGCCGCAUUCGAACGCGUUCAAGGCGGGGCCUCUUCAAAGCCAGUUUAUAAAAUGAAGCCAGUGGCUGCUAGUGAUUCAAAGAAGAAUGUGUCGGUCAAUUCAACAUCCAAGCCCCAGGAGUCUGGCGAGGCUGCAUUGAAGAAACAGAAGAUUACUGCGUAAGCCUCUAUGCUUUGAUGUUUCAAGCUGAACACGUUAAACUUUGUUUUUUGUGUAUUUUAUGGCUACCGAGACGGCAUAAAUGUUGGAAAACUAUUCACUCUAUUUGGUUUGUAUUGAUAGUUCAAUGGCCAUAUUUCCCGGAUAGAUAAUACGACUAGCUUACGUGCUUGAGAGGAAGCCUUCCGUGACAAUUUGAUCUGGUUCAGGUUCCAGGUGGGUCGUGCUGUCGAACUGCCACUCGCGCAU